GAAAAAAUACCUUCCGGUGAGGAUUAACAACAACAAAAAAGGUUUGGCCCAUACCUAAUGUCAUUCAGGGCUUAAAGAGAAAUAUUCAAAGGGAAUCCACACUGCCAGAAGCAAAGGGGACCCCCAGGAAAGAACCAGAAGUGCAUAUCAUAAAUCCUGGAGUAAUUCCAGGCUGAAGAGAAGGCCACUUUCCUAGUUGCCACUAGCUGGAUCUCAGUUAAAACUGAAGCUGACUUACAACCUUUCUGAGAAAGCAGAUUUCCAGCUCAGUUUGAGUUUUCAUGUGGUUGACAAGUUUUUUAACGGGGGAGGAAAAAUAAAAUUUAGUGGUUAACAUGUGUGUUUUUUUUUUAACUCACCCACAUAAGUACUUAAUUGCAAAGGUUUCUCCCCCACCCUCAGAAUAGAAUGGAUGAGAAAUUUGUUAGUUAACAGAUACCUUUAAACCAUCGCUAUUCUUAACCCAUGAACAGACCUCGGCUCUUUCCUUCUUACCAUGUCCUAGGAAUGUGACCUCUGAUGGCAAGAUCAGUAACCUGGAGACCAGCAUUGGUACUUUGGGCUCAUUUUUAAAUUUAAUUACAACUCUUAUCAAGUAUUUGAUCCCUCGCUACCCUCUCCCCCCAGCCCCCCACUCCCUGGCCAGAUUUAUUUCAGGAAUGUGCUUGUCUGAGACCUAUAUGGCUGAUGUUUCUUAAGUCCAUCUUGUGACUUAAAAAGGCAGAUUUUUAAAUUAAAUCUGGAUAGAUCUGGUUGACUAUAUAGAACUUACCCAAGAGCAGGCAAAUUGCUUCCAAGAGACACAAUCCAGAAAAGCAGCCCUGUAGCAGGCAUCUCCUGACACCACACAGUAUAUUCUGGGUAGCUGCUCUGCAGUCAUGCAGCCCUGUCAUUCUGGGCAGUGUUGUUAUUCCUGCAGCAUAAUUAGCAACUAGUGAGAUCAUAGUCUGGGGAGAUUCUGGCAUUACUGAGGCAAAGCAGGGAGGCUUCGUAUCGUCACAUGUGGCCCUGGCCCCGACAGCAUUUCUGUCGAGCAGAUUCAUAUCCUUGGGAACUAAAGUCCAAAGACAGAGGAGAUUUGUAUCCCAGACUCCUUGGUUGGGUGACAGCUUGUUGAAGACACUGCCUGCCAUAUUGAUGUAACCAGAGUAAAUUGUCAUUUCUUUCGCUAUUUGUUUUCCCUUUGCUGGUUUCUUUACAGAGGGCAAAGGUGGUAAGGCUAAGUUUUCCUUGCACAGAGGAGGACGAUAGGCCAGCGGAACCCUAUUUUAUGGAGCAGUAUGAGAUUGGGAAGGAUUCUGGGGUUUGAAGCCAGUGGAGAUUCUAAUCUGCAGUCCAUUCUUUAGAACCAAAGUUGACCUUUCUAGGAGCCUGGAGAGACAUUUUAUACUUGUGAAGAUCUGGGUAAAGUGUUUCCUUGGCUGCUGAUGUACUUUGAAAUUGAGAGCCUAGAGCAGUAUUUCCCAAAGUGUUUUCCAAGAUUCAUUUAUUUGCCCCCUAAAAUACUCUGGAAAACAAAGGGUCCCAUAUUCAGGUGUGCGGAAACACUGUUCUGUUUUCUCCCACCCUUCCCCAUGCUCAUUAGCAUGUUAAAAGCCUCUAAGAGGUUCUCCCAUAAACAGUUUUCUAAACUGUUUUGACACAGCAGUCCUAUUUUCAUGCAAAAACUAUUAAUAUCCGCUCUAGCUGGUUUCACUCAGUGGCUGGGGCUUUGGCCCUGGACCUGAGUUCCUGGUUUCAUUUUGGUCAGGGGCACGUAUGUACCUUGGUUGCUUGAAUUAGUUUAUUUCAUAUAUAUACUUUGGGAAAUGCCAGGCUGUAUCUUCACCAGGAAAAAUAAUUGAUCUAGUCUAGAUUUAGGCACACACAGCCUAAUUCUGCUUUUGGUACCUAGUCCCUCCUCCUGGCCCUUGGGGCGCUCUCCUGUGUGAUCCGAAGAGCAGCUCCUGGUAUCCCCAGCUAAUGAAGCCUAAGCCCUGAAGGCCUUCCCUCCACUGGGAAAGGUGCUGCGGUUACUUGUCUCAUUACACUGAGGGUGACUGAGACUGAAAGGGCUGACGGGAAACACAAGUGGGAGAAUGUUGGCCAGAAUCAGUAGAGAAGUGACCUAAUCUGGAGAAACCAGACAUCGGUGCUAGCUCAGAAUCCUCAUGCACCUGGCGACCUGGUGGUGAACAGGGGCUUUGGGGCCAACGCGGUGGGCUCCCCAAGGAAACCCCUUUGAAACCAAUGGAUGCAUUCACGGGCUCGGGUCUCAAGAGGAAGUUUGAUGAUGUGGAUGUGGGCUCAUCAGUGUCCAACUCCGAUGAUGAGAUCUCCAGCAGUGACAGUGCCGACAGCUGCGACAGCCUCAAUCCUCCUACGACUGCCAGCUUCACACCCACCUCCAUCCUGAAGCGGCAGAAGCAGCUACGGAGGAAGAAUGUGCGCUUUGACCAAGUGACUGUGUACUACUUUGCCCGGCGCCAGGGCUUCACCAGUGUGCCCAGCCAGGGGGGUAGCUCCUUGGGCAUGGCCCAGCGCCAUAACUCUGUACGCAGCUACACACUCUGUGAGUUUGCUCAAGAGCAGGAGGUGAACCAUCGAGAGAUUCUUCGUGAGCACCUGAAGGAAGAGAAACUCCACGCCAAGAAGAUGAAGCUGACCAAGAAUGGGACGGUGGAGUCGGUGGAGGCCGAUGGCCUGACGCUGGAUGAUGUGUCCGACGAAGACAUCGAUGUGGAAAACGUGGAGGUGGACGAUUACUUCUUCCUACAGCCUCUGCCUACCAAACGGCGACGGGCCCUGCUGAGGGCGUCUGGGGUCCACCGCAUUGAUGCCGAAGAGAAGCAAGAACUUCGAGCCAUCCGCCUGUCACGGGAAGAGUGUGGGUGUGACUGUCGGCUGUACUGUGACCCAGAAGCGUGUGCCUGUAGCCAAGCUGGGAUUAAAUGCCAGGUGGAUCGCAUGUCCUUCCCAUGUGGCUGCUCCCGGGAUGGCUGUGGGAACAUGGCUGGGCGCAUCGAAUUUAAUCCGAUCAGAGUUCGGACGCAUUACCUCCACACCAUCAUGAAGCUGGAGCUGGAGAGCAAGCGGCAGGUGAGCCGCCCGCCCGCCCCAGAGGAGGAGCCCUCGCCCACCGCCAGCGGCAGCCCGACAGGAGCCCAGGGCUCCGAGACACAGGACUUCCAGGAGUUCAUUGCUGAGAAUGAGACCGCAGUGAUGCACCUACAGAGUGCGGAGGAACUGGAGCGGCUCAAGGCAGAGGAAGACUCCAGUGGCUCUAGCGCCAGCAUGGACUCCAGCAUAGAGAGCCUGGGCGUGUGUAUCCUGGAGGAGCCCCUGGCUGUUCCUGAGGAGCUGUGCCCAGGCCUGACGGCUCCCAUUCUCAUCCAGGCUCAGCUGACCCCAGGCUCCUCCGUCCUGUGUUUCGCUGAGAACGCGGACCACCCAACGGCCUCAGCAGCGACCAGCCCAUCCUACUUGAACAGCGGGCCCCUGGUCUAUUACCAGGUGGAGCAGAGGCCAGUCCUGGGGGUGAAAGGAGAGCCUAGUUCAGGAGAAGCCCCACCCUCUCUCCCCAAGGAGAAGGAUCUCAAUGUCUUCUCUGUCCCCGUUACCUCACUGGUGGCUUGUAGCCCCACAGACCCAGCCCUGUGUCAGCCAGAGGCAGGGAAGGCAUCCACUCUAGAAGCACUGGUGCCUGAAGAUUGUGUCCCCGAGGUGCGGGAGAAUGAAGACUUCCGCCCCUCGUGGUCGCCCUCAAACCUCCCCUUCGGCACGGACAGCGAGGAGGGCUGUGUGGUAGAGAAAACCUCACAGCCCGGCGAGGACCGACCCCCUGAAGAUUCGUCCCUGGACCUCCCUCUGGCAGUGUGAUGCGGGCAUGCAGAUUCUGCCUCUUACCCGUUCUCUAUUUAUUCCCUUAUUUUAUCUAACACCAUUUCAGAACAAAACUGUAGAAGCAGCUGCUGCUCCCAUGUUAUUUUAUUGGGGUCUUGGGGGGGGGGCGGGGGGGAAAGGAUUGUUUAUACAGUAUUUUUUAAAGGUAAACAGAACCAAGGAGACCAGCCCCAGCUUGGUCUGGGGACAGUCUUGGGCAGAGAAGGCCACACAGUGCUGAAUACUGUUUUCUGGGCCAUUGGAACAAAGAACUAGGAUCUCAUAGGAGACACUAGGUAAUUCAAGCAGCUAUUCUUUUCACAGGGAUCAGAAUACAUAAUUUGAACAGCGCGGCAAAGCCCCUCUCCUAAGCUCCAGGCGGAUACAAGCUCCUUUUUCUCAGUGAUUACUGAUAUCCCAUUUUGGUGUGUUAUCCAGUUGGAAAUGUCACCUGGAGAGGAGGGGGGAGAAGGGUCUCCACUUCUGUACAAAACCAGGAUUUUAAAAAAUUUAAUCUGCCUUCCCCAGCCCCCUAUUUGAUAAAUAAGUUAAUAUUUGACAUGUUUGGUGUUCUCUGACCUGUUCCCCACACUGGGGAUUCCUGGUCUGUAACUUGAAUUGUUUUUCUCAUGUUCUUAGGUACUAGAGUUUAACUUGUCUGUCUCCCUACCCCCCGCCCCGCCACACACACACCCCCCUCCUUCCUUUGAAGGAAAAGAGCUAUAUUGGCUGGGGAUGUGGUAUAAAGAGCUUGUGUCUUCUGUGUGCGUCCGACAGUAGCUGUCGGGCAGCUCUAGGCUGAGCUCGCACAUCCCAUGGGAGGCACAUGGAGCGUGAAAUGUGUCCAAAGGAGGCAGCAGGAAGUUUGCUGUCUGGAAAGAUGAGGACUUCGUGCCAUGCUUACGGUCACCCAGGUGUUCCCCGCCUUGGGGAGAUUUGAGCUUUAAAGGAAUAUAGGAUGUGGCAUUCUAAGGUCACCAGGUUUUUUUUUGUUUUUUGUUUCUAUAUCCUUGGUGGUCCUUGGAUAUACAGGGUUGGAGAGUUCUUAUACUAUUCUAGUUCACUCCCAAGAAUUGCAAAUAUUAGACUGCUCCAUCUUGAUAUCUGAAAAUCAGAAGUCAAAUCAAUUGCUAAAUGCUACAUAUAACUCCCAGGUUCCAAAGAAGUCAAGUUCUGAUGAUAAAGCUUUGAGGUCUAGAGCAGGACUCCAGUUCAGUUCUUGCCUCCAUCUGGGGACGCCUUCCCUUUUCCUCUCAUGUCCACCUAUGUUCCUGGAUGUGCUCCAUUGACCACCACUGAACUCACUAGCAAAGCUGUCCCUGUCUCUGUUUUAAAGUGGCGGCGGCAGGAAACAGCACCCUGGCAUCCCUUAUACCAUGCUUUGCCUCUGGAAAGAACAAAGUGAAAAUGUUUUUGGUGGGGGAGAUAACUAUUCCUACUUAUCUCCAUCAUAAAGCCUUUUCUUGUGGGAUAUUAUAGCCCUGGUGUCUUAAAGCAACCUUCAUGUAUAUCAGUAGCAUUUUACCUAUAAAAUCGCUAAACUGAGCCUUCUAGGCCUUUUACUUAACAGAUACAUCUUUUGACCCAUUCUUCCUCCCGUUGGUUUUUUGCAGGGUUUAGAGAGGUCUUCAGUAUAUAGGUCCUUAGCACUCUCCAUCCUCUAGCCUCACAAGACAGAGCUGAGAGCCUUAGGUACUGAGACUAGAUGCUGUCCCAAGCUGAGCUGCUGCACUCCCUUAGACUGGUCCCCUCAAAUACAAGACUGAAGCUGAAUUGGGAAUAGGACUCAAUGGAGAAUCUUUCUGAAAGUUUGUGUUGAAAGGGGAGGGUGAGCGCUGUACAUUCCCUCUGUAGGAAGAAUUCCUAAUCUAGGAAGUGAUUCCAGGUGCUCAAUAAGAGACUCAUUAUUAGCCUUUGGGAUCAAAACAAGAAUUUGAAUCUAUUAAACUCAUUGCCAACCCCCAAAAUAAUGAUUUUUCUGAAGAAACUAGUUUCUUAAUCUAAAUUCUACAUUAACCCUAUAAUUUUGAUUCACACUGAUUCCAAGCUUUUAAAUGCUAAGUGUCGGCAUUUAGCAUUAACUGUCUUGUUAAGCAAAGGGCCUUUUCUACAAUCUCGUCCAUCUCAUUUCUGGUGCUACUCGAGUUGGACACAAUUAGAGCUCAUGGUUGCUAGAAAAGCUAGGCCUCUGAUCACAGAAGCAGAUAGCUUCAACCCCACUCAGUCCAGGCCUAGAUAAAUUACUUUUUAUCGCAACUCAUUCCUUUCUCACUGUAUACAGGUAGUAUUUUCAAUGUGAAUCCAAAGCUUGUCUGGUUCUCUGGAAACAUUUUUUUUUUUUUGCCUUUCAGGUCCUUCACAUUGUGAUAAUGUAUUUAAAGAGAAUAUUUAAAUGUAAUAUUAAAGAAAUAUUCAAAAGAA